GUUAACGUAAAAAUGUAUGUCAACAACAGUGUUGUGAACAGCGGAGCUCUUUUUGCAAAGUUAUUUUCCCAACGGAGCCAGCACAGUUUCAGUCUUCUCGCUUUAAGAAGAAAAUUAAAAAGAAGGAGGAGAGCAAGGUUUUUGGCCAUGGCGUUUUGUGGAGCAGUGUUAGCAACGUCGGUACAGAGAAACGUGUGGGUGCGGAGUCGCAGCCAGGAGUGGUGGGAUACUGAUGUGAGUGGCUUCACUAAUACAGAAUUCAUCAGUAACUUUCGAAUGACCAGAUUCACAUUCGAUUAUGUUUGUGAGCGCCUCCGAUUAACUCUGUCACGGGAAGAGACAUGUCUGCGGCGGCCCAUAACAGUGCAGAAACGCGUUGGAGUGUAUUGGCUAGCAACAGGUGCGUGCUAUCGUACGAUAGCUAACUUGUUCGGCAUAGCCAAGUCUACAGUCUGCUCCAUUGUACACGAGUUCUGCGAAGCAGUUCGCCGUGUCCUCAUGCCCCAGUACAUAAAACUGCCCAAAGGGGAUGACCUGCAAGAGGUCAUUGAAGGCUUCCAGCAGAGAUGGGGUUUCCCUCAGUGUGGAGGAGCUAUUGAUGGGAGUCAUAUCCCCAUCAUUGCUCCAGAGGAUAACCACGCAGAGUAUUUCAACCGCAAAGGGUGGCACUCAGUUCUGCUCCAGGGUGUCGUGGAUCAUCGGUUUUGCUUCACCAACAUCUAUGCUGGAUGGCCAGGGAGUGUCCAUGAUGCGAGGGUACUCCGGAAUUCCCAUGUGUACUCACUCGCAGAGAGAGGGGAGCUUUUUCCACCAGACACUGAGGAGAUAAUGGGCGUUCAAGUGCCAAUCAUGCUGCUCGGUGACCCGGCUUAUCCCCUUCGAAGCUGGCUGUUAAAAGGAUACUGCGACACAGGGACCCUGACAGCUGAGCAGAAGUACUUCAAUGAGCGCCACAGCAGAGCCAGGAUGACUGUGGAGUGCGCUUUCGACCGACUGAAGGGCCGGUGGAGGUGCCUUGCCAAACGGCUGGAUGUGGACGUUUCCCUGGUCACCACCAUAAUCAGUGCAUGUUGCACACUCCACAACGUGUGUGAAAUGCACGGGGAGAAUUAUGAAGAGGCUGGUGGAACUGUUUCUCAUGUUCCUCAUGUUGAGAGAUGGGUUGAAGGAGGGGGAUUUGUAGAUGUGCAGCCAUCAAGAGUCAGAGAAGCACUGACUCAGCUUUUUAUUAGCCAACGUUGAGCCACAAACUGGGCUGUCACAAUAAUUACAAUAUCGUUCAACAUUUUGUACAAUGUUUAUCUGUACAUAUAUUUGUUAGUUAGUUUCUGUGUCAUUACAAGGUCUUCAAUAUUUUAAUAGCUCAAUAUAUUGAAAUGUGUUUUAAAAAUCUUGCAUCAUUUGUUUGUGUUAUGAAUGAAGGCGCUUCUUCACAUCCUCCCGGCCGUCAGAGGGCGCCUUCACCAGAGUGUUAGUAAUUUUCCCUUUUCACUACAUUUCCCAUAAUACCUCUUACCUGGGACUGAUCACGCCACCAGCUGCAGUCUAUUAUGAACUGGCUUUAUAAACCCAUGUUACACAAGGAACGGUGCGAAGUCUUGUAUUGCCCCGGUGUACAUUUCUGAGCGUUUGUUGAACAUUAUUCGGAUUGCUAUUUCUGUUGUGACGUUGCCUGUUAUUGGAUUACUGAGUGUUUGCUACCUGCCUGUUUACUUUGCCUGUUUUCUGGAUUACCGAUUGUUAUCUGCCUGCCACUGACCCUUGCCUGUCUUAAGGAUUAUUGAUUGUUAUCUGUCUGCCUCGACCCAGCCUGUCCACCACUCUGAUUCUGGUUUGCCCCAUUGUAUUAUAUUUGUGAGAUUAAUAAAACUGCGAAUGGAUCCUCCGUCUCAUGCCUCUUCGUUACAGAAGACUUCGCCGCAUAGCGA